GGGCUGAAGUCAGCCAGCUUUAUGUCACAAGGUUACAGCUGGAGCUCAUCAAGCAAAGGAAGGGACUUUAAUGAAGUACGGAAUUACCCUUCACAGAUAGGCAAAAGUACAAACGUAUUUUAUGUAUCUUCCAACCCCUUAGUACAUCAUCACUGUUUGAUUUUCAAAAUCUUUGAGAGAGAAAAAAAGGUGGAUCCAAGGCAUGGAAAACGGCCACUUCCACCGGAAACAUCGGAGGAGAAGAGAGAACGACGCUAUGACUUCAGCACAAGUUCUUGGCCGGAAUCAGCCGAUAUUAGGGCUCUAACUCACGUGAUGGACACCGAUGAGCAGCAGCUUCUCAGCUUCGAACAAUCGCCGGUGCAGUCCGCCGUGAAAGAAGACCCCGGCCGUCCUCCUCAACCCCCAGUACUUCAAGAUCAAGAGAACAUAAGCAAACGGCAUUACAGAGGAGUGAGGCAAAGGCCAUGGGGCAAGUGGGCGGCUGAAAUUCGUGAUCCGAAGAAAGCAGCCCGGGUGUGGCUCGGCACUUUCGAGACGGCCGAGGAAGCAGCCCUUGCAUACGAUAGAGCCGCUCUCAAGUUCAAAGGUACCAAGGCCAAACUAAAUUUCCCCGAACUAGCUCAAGGAGAAGUGGAGCCAAGUCGUGGAGAUUCAAGCGCCGUGCGAGUGCAACCCGAACAAAAUCCUACGCCGGUUGCUCCGCCUUCUUCGUUGUCUCAGGAUACGUAUCCGCACUUGUUUGAAUAUGCACAAUUGCUUUCGAGUAGUAGCGAUGCUGAUAUCUCGUAUUACACUUCGAAUCUCUUCAAUGAUCAACGACAUUUGUCUCCACAGUUCCCUUCAAUGUCGGCAUCGUCACAGCAAUACCACCACCAGGACCCUACAAGGUUUUCGACCAAGUUCGAGAGCUCUUCGGGUACCGAUUAUCGGGAGCACUACGGUAAGAACUUUGAUCCGAGUAAUAGAAGCGGGUAA